UCUCUUCACAAUGAAAUUAUAAGCUUUAUCAUCGGAAGUGCUAUCGUUUUCACAGGUUAUAAUUUCCAUAGCAUCAGGUGGACCGAUUUCGGCAUCAAUGAAUCGAAUUAA